UUUUCCAGCUUCCCCCGCGCGCUGCUGAGCGCCCCUUCCCCGGGGACGAGCCCCCUUGUCCCCUCCUUCCCGGGCCUUCCGUGAUGUCAGCUCGGGGGCGUGCGGGGGGGGAGCCUGCCGCGGCCUGUAGAGGGAGCUUCCUUCCACCCCCGCCCCCAGCCGCAGCGAUCGGGGAGCCAGGCGGCGGCUUUGCCGAAGGGCUCUCCGAGGAGAGCCGGGUCUCUUGUGCGUCCCCCUCAGGCUGCCGGAGAUGAACGGCAGGAGGCAAAACAGAUCCUGUGCCGUGGCAGGGCUUGGCCCCUUGCAUGCCAAAGCGGGACCCUGCGUGCCCGCGGCUCAGCGACGGGAGGAAUAAAGCAGCAGAGCGGGGCAUGCGGCGGCCCUUCUUGCCGUCUCUUCUUACCGCUGUUCCCCCCCAGCGCUAUGGGCGGAGGCUUUGUGCAAUGAAUGUUGCCCUCCAAAGCUUUUCUCCAAGCGAAUAUGGGCACAGCUGUAUCCAAAAGGAAAACUCCGAGGAAUGAUGCUAUGUCUUCUGUAGCAGCUAAAGUCAGGGCAGCAAGGGCUUUUGGAGAGUAUCUUUCACAAAACCACCCUGAGGGCAGAAACGGCUCAGAUCACCUGUUAGCGGACUCCUAUGAAGACUCCCCUGAGAUGCAGCAGGCAGCUCAGAACAAGCGUAGGCUGUCUGUCAUCUCAGAUGGCAAGUUUGAGAGGAGCUUCUCUGAGGAGCAGGCCGAGAAGAUUCCGAGUGAGGGGCCGAAGGCACGGGUGUAUACUAUCUCCGGUGAGAGGCCGAUGCUGUUGGACCAUGAGAACGAGAGCAUGGAACUGGUGGUGAUGAAAGGCACUGGCCGAGAGGACUGCCAUCAUGGCCAGCCCCUGCAGAGUGCUGGCAGCUCUCACAACAUUAGCAGGCAUUGCAAAGGCUGGGCAGGCAGUCGGCAGGGCUCCAAGGACUGCCCAGCCUGUGCUCGGUUGGCAGCCCACUCCCAGCACUCCUUUGACCUGGAGCAGCAUCAGCCCAGCGAGUCAGGAUGGCGUCGGAAAAAGCUGGAGAGGAUGUAUAGUAUUGAUCGAGUGUCUGGUGAUGUUCCCAUACGGACCUGGUUCCCCAAGGAGAACCUCUUCAGUUUUCAAACUGCUACUACAACUAUGCAAGCGAAUUUUCGGAAGCAUUUGCGCAUGGUGGGGAGCCGCCGGGUGAAAGCUCAAACAUUUGGUGAGCGGCAAGAGAGAAGCUUCAGCAGGUCUUGGAGUGACCCAACUCCCAUCAAAGCUGAUUCCUUCCAUGACUCUCGAGAAAGCCGUGAUCUUCAGAACUACUGCUGUGCUCUGGAUGAUGACUUUGACUUGAACUGGGAAACAGAGAAGGAACUUGAAGCUAUGGCAUGUGAUGGAGAUGACUUUAUUCCACCAAAAAUAAUGCUUAUUUCUUCCAAGGUCCCCAAAGCUGAGUACAUCCCGACGAUUAUCCGCAGGGAUGACCCCUCCAUCAUCCCCAUUCUCUAUGAUCACGAACAUGCCACCUUUGAAGAUAUUCUAGAGGAAAUAGAGAAGAAGCUGAACAUUUAUCGGAAAGGCUGCAAGAUUUGGAAAAUGUUGAUUUUCUGUCAGGGAGGUCCUGGCCACUUAUAUUUGUUGAAGAAUAAAGUUGCCACCUUUGCCAAAGUGGAGAAGGAGGAAGAUAUGAUCCUCUUCUGGAAGCGGCUGAGCCGAUUGAUGAGCAAAAUCAACCCUGAGCCAAAUGUCAUUCACAUCAUGGGCUGCUAUGUUCUGGGAAACCCCAAUGGGGAGAAGCUAUUUCAGAAUCUGAAAAACCUAAUGACGCCUUAUAGGGUUGUCUUUGAGUCGCCACUGGAACUUUCAGCUCAAGGGAAGCAAAUGAUUGAAACUUACUUUGACUUCCGCCUUUACCGCCUCUGGAAGACUCGCCAGCAUUCCAAACUGUUGGAUUACGAUGACAUUUUAUGAGCUGGAGAAGCCAUUGCACGAGGAGGGAGAUCACCAGUGUCUCACAAGUCAUGCUUGUGGCAGAGACUUUUUUCAUUGGCAUGAGGAGCCGUGCAGGAGGCAGCAGUGCCGAAGAGAUGGAAGGAAGGGCUGUCAGUCAAAAGGCUUUUGGGUAAAGACAGAGACUUGAAGGGGAAUGAUGUAACUCCAGAGACACUGCCCGCAGAGCCUUUGUCUCUCAGAGGGAGCUGUGUCAAAUGGGAAAUUUCCUUGCAGGACUGAGCUGUUUCAGGUCUAUGAUGGGCCAGAAUCAAUUCCAGGUCCUUUUAAAGACAUUUAAAGCUCAGGUUUUCUUAUAAAAAAUUUAAAUAAAUAAUCCUUGCACUAUAAUAAAGCAGUGACUUGAAGCCCAGAGCAGGAAGGGCAUUGCACUGACGGGUGCGCCCCAGCGGCUCUCUUUGCUGUGCUAGGGAUGUUGGAAGGCAAGGAACGCCAUACUUAAUCCUGCAAGCUUUGACAGGCAAGGUUCCGCAACCUAAUGUCAAUACACAUUGAAGUACAGAAUUAAAGUUUCACGUAUUUUGGUUUAAUAGAAAAUAAGUGCAAUUUCUAUACACAGAGGGGAAAACCCUCCCAAUAUUUAAUUAGUUACAAAUAACACAUCAAUAAUCAAUAGAUGAGGUAUUUUUAGUCUGCUUGAAAAUAUAUUCGAAAUCGUAAUAUAUCUUCUGUAGACAUAUUUAAUCACCAGCAAUAUGAUUUUAAUGUUACUUAGCAGACCCUGCAUGUCUGCUGCAUUGAUCAAUCCUGUUUGGUUUUGGGUUUAUUUUUAAUUUCAGAGUAGUUGUUACACUAAUUGUAUGUGCUCUUAUGAAUGUAUGUUGCCCCUCCAAUUAGACACAACUUUGUUACUUUAUCUCUGCUACUUGCAAAACUGUAUGGUUUUAGUUUUGCUGUAAGUUUAGGUUAGAAAUACAGUACAUGACUGAGUGGAAUCUUCGUCAGUUUCAUUAAGCUAUAACAAUGAAGUAGAAAUUAAUAGCUAUGGUAAUUGUUCACUCAGUAUAUUGUUACAUUUUAGAAAGAUGAGCUCUUCUUGCAGACUGCAGGAUGGAAUAGAAGAUUAUUUGAAAAUGAGAAAUCCUCCGAGGAGGUUUAGGUGUUUGAAUUAAUAGAAUGAAAUGUUUCUUGAAGUAUGUAGCAUUGGUUAGUAGCAUUUUGAAUCUUUCCCACAUUCACCUAGUUACCAGUUGUUGACUUGCAAACCAGUUUUUUUUUUCAGCAAUCUAUUGAGCCGUUUGUAGUUCUCAGCUUUCCCCUCCAAAUCAUUUUUGUCUGAGACACACAGCUUAUACAGCUCUCAUUUGUGAGUAGCUAUGGUUUUCAAAUCUGGAUUUGUGCUGAAUAUCUUUAAGGAUAUACUGUGGAAUUUAUUGACUUUUUUUUUAGUCUUCUAGUCUCCUGAAUGUCUAGGAGCUAAAUAUUACUGUAGUCUGCACAGGUCACCCUGGCCAUUUGGGGCAAUUAUACCCUUUCUCUUUCAGAGAGGUAAAAUAUACAGGAGAAUAACCAUGGAGGGUUAGAUUGGGCUCCUGAUGUGUUCAUUUGUAAAAGUACCUGGCUGUGCAGUUCAGAAAAAAAAAUGUAUAAACCUUUUGAAUCGUAAAAAAAAAAAAAAAUGUAACAUUAAUUCUGAUCUGUGGAAAAUCCCCUUUCUCUUUCGUGCCCCAUGUGUUGUUGUAAUACCGGGGAGCAGGCCACUGGCUAAAACUGCUGACCCAUGUACAUUAAUGACCUUUUAUGU